AGUGUUGUUCAUCUCUUGUGGUGAACAGCUGAUUGCGGUUUUCACAUUUCUUUCUGUUUUGAAGUUCACCGCACAACGCGAUUCGUAAAUAAAACUGUUUACAUAAUACAAAUUACGGAAAAUGGCCUUGUUUGAGAUGAAAUGGCUGAGACGGUUUGUUCGACGUCACACAAAUCCCAUAGCGGAGAAUCGCGCAGAAUUGUGGAAGCGCCGCCUCAGCAUUGGAUACGCGAUACUGGCUUGGCAGGCAUUUGGACUCGUCUGCUAUAUGGUCUACACGGGUCGCAAUGAUUGGGCCAAGUAUUAUGGCUACAAAACGGCUGAAGAAGCGGCUCUCUCGCCGGCUCAACAAUUUGCCAAGCAUCUCAAUGUGGAGGGCACAGGCAAAAUUAUACGUAUCAGCGGUUUCUCCAAAGUAGAGGAGGUGCCAUUCGAUGCUACUGAAGCCAAACGCGUCAAAGAAUAAGCACUGUAAUUUAUAAUUUAGUUCUUAACUUUUUUUUUUGGUAAUUGUUAAAUAAACGUGCAAAAGCGAAACGAGAA